GCUCUCUAAUCUUCAAAUUGUUUCUUCAUCGUUUUCAAUUUUAUUUUGUGUGCCUUGCUUUUCGAUGGAUUCUUCCAUUGCUAUGACAGAAUCAUCGGCUCUUUCUCCAAAUUUGAAGUGGAGUUACGAUGUGUUUUUGAGUUUUAGAGGAGAGGAUACUCGAUCUAACUUCACCAGUCAUCUUGACAUGGCCUUACGGCAAAAGGGUGUCAACGUCUUCAUUGAUGACAAGCUCAAUAGGGGUGAGCUAAUCUCUGAAUCCCUUUUUCGAUCUAUAGAGGAAGCUUUGAUUUCUAUUGUUAUAUUCUCUGAAAAUUAUGCAUCUUCUUCUUGGUGUUUGGAUGAAUUGGUGAAAAUAAUCGAAUGUAAGAAAUCCAAGGGCCAAAUAGUUUGGCCAAUUUUCUAUAAGGUGGAUCCAUCAGAUGUACGAAAACAAACCGGAAGUUUUGGAGAAGCAUUAGCCACACAUCAAGCUAAGUUCGAGACGAAAAUUCAAAUUUGGAGGGAAGCUUUAACUACUACCGCCAACUUGUCUGGUUGGGAUCUCGGAGCUAGGAAGGAGGCUGAUCUUAUUCAAGACCUUGUUAAAGAAGUAUGGUCGAUAUUAAAUCUUACUUGCACGCCCUUAUAUGUAGCAAAAUAUCCGGUUGGAAUUGAUUCUCAACUAGAAAAUUUAAGGUCAAACUCCCAUUAUUGGACACAAGAUGAGCCUAGUAAUGGUAUUUACAUGUUGGGGAUAUAUGGGAUUGGAGGCAUGGGUAAGACGACUUUGGCCAAAGCUUUAUACAACAAAAUUGCUAACCAAUUUGAAGCGUGCUGCUUUCUAUCAAAAGUUAAGGAAGUUUCAAAGCAAUUCAAUGGCCUUGUUCAACUACAGGAGCACUUACUCCAUGAGAUAUUAAAGGAAGAUUUAAAGGUUGGCAAUCUUGACAAAGGAAUCAACAUCAUAAAGAAUAGACUGCGUUCAAAGAAAGUUCUUAUAGUUGUUGAUGAUGUGGAUAAGCUUGAGCAGUUAGAAGCAUUGGUGGGUGGACAUGAUUGGUUUGGGGCGGGUAGUAUGAUCAUUGUGACAACAAGAAACAAUCGUUUGAUUUCUACCCAUGAAUUUGAUCAAAAGUAUGGUAUUCAAGGAAUGAAUCACAAUCACGCCCUUGAACUUUUUAGUUGGUAUGCUUUUAAGAAAAGUUAUCCACCAAGUAAUUACUUAGACCUUUCAAAACGUGCUACAAGUUAUUGUAAAGGUCAUCCUUUGGCUCUUCGUGUUUUGGGUUCUUUCCUUUGUACCAAAGACGAUCAAGUAGAUUGGAGAAGUGUAUUAGAUGAAUAUGAAAACUCUUUGAGCAAAGACAUAUUUGAUAUUCUUCAAAUAAGUUUUGAUGGGCUUGAAGAAAAAGUAAAGAAGAUUUUCCUUGAUAUUUCUUGUUUUCUAGUAGGAGAGAAAGUUGACUACGUUAAGAAUACUUUAAACUCGUGUCAUUUCAAUCCAAAUUUUGGAAUUUUAGUCCUUGAGAAUUUUUCACUUAUUACGAUUGAAAAUAAUGAGGUGCAAAUGCAUGAUUUAAUCAGACAGAUGGGUCAUAAAAUAGUUAAUGGUGAAUCUUCCGACCCUGGAAAAAGGAGUAGAUUGUGGUUGGUAGAAGACAUUUUAAGGGUGUUUGAUAAUAAUUCGGGAACUGACGCAAUUGAAGCCAUAAAGUUGGAGUUGCACGGUCCAAAAAUUCGAGAUGUGGAUCCACAAGCAUUCAGAAAAAUGAAAAAUUUGAGAUGGCUUUUUGUUCGAGAUAUAAGAUUUUCUAAAACUCUUAAAUAUCUACCGGAAAACUUGAAGUUGAUUAAAUGGCAUGGAUUUACUCAAGAAUCUUUGCCGUCAUGCUUUAUUACGAAAAAUCUUGUUGGAUUAGAUUUGCAGCAUAGCUUCAUCAGAAAUUUGGGAAAAAGGUUAAAGGAGGGUAAAAUGUUGAAGUUCGUUGAUCUUAGUUACUCUACUUUGUUAGAGACAAUUCCAGACUUAUCCGCAGUACCAAACCUUGAAGAAUUGUAUCUGAAAGAAUGCACAAAUUUAAGAAUGAUUCAUAAGUCUAUUAGAUCUCUAAAUGAGCUUGUUAUCUUGGAUCUUGAAAAAUGCUCCAACUUUAGAAAGCUUCCGGGCUAUCUUUCACUGAAAUCUCUUAGAUAUUUGAAUCUUUCUCAUUGCAAAAAGCUUCGGGAAAUUCCUGACUUCUCUAUGGCAAUAAACCUUGAAAGUUUGUAUUUCGAAAAAUGCACAAAUUUAAGAGUAAUUCACGAGUCUAUAGGAUCUUUGGAUAGCCUUGUUGCCUUGAACCUUAAACAAUGCACUAAGCUUGAAAAGCUUCCAAGCUGUCUCAAGUUAAAAUCUCUUAAAUAUCUCGAACUCUCGGGUUGUUCUAAGCUUAAAGUGUUUCCAAAAAUUAGUGAAAACAUGAAAUCAUUAAUGUCGUUGUAUUUGGAUUCUACUGGCAUAAAGGAGCUACCUUCAUCAAUUGGAAACCUUAUUGAGCUCAAGGUCUUAAACCUUGACGAUUGCACAAACCUCAUCUCCGUUCCUAGUACAAUUUAUUUGUUACAGGAUCUUCGAGAACUUCAUCUUAGUGGGUGUUCUAGAUUUGAAAUGUUUCCCUAUAAAUGGGAAUUACCAAUCCAUCCAACAUGCUCUUCUUCAAAUUAUGGAAACUUACCCACAAACCGUAUGUUUUCCCAUUUUACUUUGUUGGAUCUUCGAAAUUGCAAGAUAUCAAAUGUUGAUUUCUUGGAAAUUUUAUGUGAUGUCACCCCUUUCUUAAAUAGCCUACUCUUGUCGGAAAACAAAUUCUCUAGCCUGCCCUCAUGUCUCCAUAAGUUCACGUCCUUGUGGAAUCUUCAAUUGAAGAAUUGUAAGUUUCUUCAACAAAUUCCAAACCUUCCUCAGUGUAUACAAACAAUGGAUGCCACUGGUUGUGAAUCGUUGGCAAGAAGUCCGGACAACAUUUUGGAUAUAAUAUCAAGCAAGCAGGAGGAUAUUACACUGGGUGACUUUCCUAGAGAGUUCAUUCUAAUGAACAUUGAAAUUUCAAAAUGGUUCAGACAUCAGACUAUAUCAAACUCGAUAAAGGUUAGCUUUCGACAUGAUUAUAAUAUAGAAAGAACUUUGGCUACCUAUGCUAUGAUUAGAGUGGAUGGAGAUUCAUAUCAAGGGGAAGCCUUAAUUUCAUGUAACAUAUUCAUCGGCUACAAACUCCAAAGUUCUUUUAUGAGAAAAUUCUCAUCAUCAAUAUCAGAAUAUACGUGGUUAGUAACAACUUCUUCUCCAACAUUUAGUAGCUCUUUAGUGGCGAAUGAUUGGAAUGAUGUUAUAGUAUGGUUUGAAGUUGUAAAAUGUCGUGAGGUUCAUGUAAGUAUAAGAAGCUGUGGUGUCCAUCUCAUUGAGGUCCAUCGGAUAUCCCAAAAUGAUGUUAAGGGGCCAGGGGUAAUGUAUACAGAUUUUGAUGACAUAGAGGAAUUGCCAAGCCGGGAUGUUAUCAAAUCCUUCGCUCAAGAAGUCUCCACCAUAUCAGAUUGCGCUGCAAUGUUGCAUGCACGGAACUUCCCAGCUGAAGUUGAUUCCAAAAUACAAGUUACGAACUUUCCCUUACAUGUAACAUCUUAUGGCGUUACAUGGAUAGGUGGCAUGGAAGGCAUGGCAGAGACGACACUCGCCAAAUCUAUAUUUGAUAAACUAAUGAACAGAAAGGAUAGAGAUGAUUCCUUUGAGAGAAAGGCUUUAAAUAAUUGUGGUGGGCUUGUUGAAAUGAAUCAACAUGGAUGUCAGGGUGUAAGUAUUGAAGCUGGAUGUGGUAUUACAAGUAUUAGAUUGUCUUCCCAAAAAUAUCUCAAAGUUUUUGAGAGUGAGGUUAAAUUUCAAUAUCUGAACGGUACGGGUCAUGCAGAGAGACUUUUGAGUUUUUCCGAACAUUUACGGAUGGAUAAUGUAGAAGAACAUUAUCUAAGAGAGUAGCCUUGUUAGAGAUGUAUGGAAAAGUUAGAAAGAGCCUUAAAACUCCCAUAAAGUUGUAAAACGUUUUAGUAGAUAUGCUUCUUUAGAAAAGAA